AUGACUGAUAUACACCAGCCACUGAUAGAAUUACUGUACACCAGAUAUAAAGGCUUGCGUCCAUUGCUGAGUAAAUGGACCGGAAAAGGUUUUGGUAGAGAUCUACAAAAAUUGCUAAUGUUACUGGACGCUGGAUCUGCUGCAGAGGCUGAAAUGCAGAGAUUGCAUCGAGCAGCUACCACCAUCCAAGCCAUCUACAAAGGAUUUAUCACUAGAAAAAAACUAAAGAAAGCUGAUAGAGGCAUAAAGACAUUUCAGAGAAGUUUUAGAGUACAUCAAGUAAACAAACAGAAGCAAUUAGAAGAUAAAAGACUAGAACGUGAAUUGCAACAUCAAUUGCUGGUGGCUCAUCGGAAGAAGAUCCGUGAAACACGACAAAAACAACUCAACAUGAUAGCAGCCAUGCACCCAAGUGAAGUCAACAAACACCUUGAAUUGGCACAAAUUCAUGCAGCCAUAAAAAUCCAAGCCAUAUGGAAAGGAGUUCUUGCCAGGAAAAGAUACGGAAUGACGAAAGCAACUGCUCAGCAAGUCAGAGCAGCUAUAGCUAUACAACGGGCUGUUCGUAAGUUUCUAGCGAAGAUUGACGCCAAGAAAAAUGAAGUGAUAGCGUGGAGAGCGCCACCAGGGUUGACAGACGAACGACGAGUUGAAAUACAGCAGAUGAUAAAUGAGAGAAGAGAAGAACAUCCUUCCCAGUGUAAAAACAUGGAUGAAGUAAAGGAGCUACAUGAAAAAGCACAAGCCAUGCUGACGAGACAUUUGAUGUUGAGUCGCAUCACACGGAAAACGGAACAAAGAAGGGAAGCCUUGUUAGCCCAACUGAAAUCUGAUGCCGAUAUAUUUACAAAUUCACCCAAAGUGAAGGAUGCCACCGAAAGAGACCUUUUCAUGUAUAUGAGUAGAUCAUUGCCGAUAGCAACGAAAGCCAAAGAGAAUCACAAUGCAACUGUUAAAAGAUUACAGCAACCAUGGUGGAAGAAAUUAGACGAGCAUGAUUUACCGGACAAUGAAAUAUUCCAAGAAGAAGAAUAUGAUUUUAAAGUAUUCUAAAUAUCAA